AUGGCUCGCAAGGCUGUGUGCUGCGGCCUCAACAGUCUGGAGGUGUUGCUUAUGGUUCUGUUCCUGCUGAUGACUGGAGUCACUGUGGGGCUCAUCACAGUCUUUGCCGUCAACAUGAGCUCCCAAACAAGAGAGCUCAUUCCCAUGGUGACGCCUCCACAGAAGUCUUAUCUGAUUGGAGUCGGCAGAGCUGACUGCACUGGCCCGGUGGCCAAUGUUCCCCUGAUGGGCUACGCCAACCCCAAGCAGACAGCAGCAGGCAUCCACACUCGUUUGUUCAGCAGGGCCUUCAUUGUGGAUGACGGUAGCAGGAGGGUGGUGUUUGUGAGUGCAGAUAUAGGCAUGGUCUCUCAAAGACUGAGGCUAGAGGUAAUUAAGGCUCUCCAGCUGAAGUAUGGAGAUCUGUACCGGCAGGACAACGUGGUACUGAGUGGCACACACACACACUCCGGCCUGGCAGGGUACUUCCAGUACACCCUCUUCAUGAUCACCAGUAAAGGCUACAUCAAGCCAUCUACUCAAGCCAUUGUCAAGGGCAUCGUAAGGAGCAUUGAUGUGGCACAUAAAACCAUGAAGCCUGGUAAAAUCUUUAUCAACAAAGGAGAAAUUGUGGGUAGUAAUGUUAACAGGAGUCCACAUUCAUACCUGAACAACCCUGAGCAGGAAAGAAACAGGUACACAUCAAAUACAGAUGAGCAGAUUGUGAUCCUGAAAUUCACAGAUCUGAAUGGGAAUGGAAUGGGUAUGAUCAGCUGGUUUGCUGUUCAUGCAGUCAGCAUGAAUUACACGAAUCGCAUGGUAAGCUCAGACAACCUUGGCUAUGCCUCCUAUCUGUUUGAACAAGAGAAGAACAUUGGCUCCUUACCUGGCGAGGGACCAUAUGUAGCAGCAUUUUGCACCAGUAACAGUGGAGAUGUGUCUCCUAACACUCGUGGCCCAUAUUGCAUGAACACAGGGAAGAAGUGUGACUACCUCAACAGCUCCUGUCCCACUGGUGGCACUAAAAUGUGUGUUGCUUUUGGACCGGGUAAUGACAUGUUUGAAAGCACCAGAAUUAUUGGGCAGAACAUCUACAAAAAGGCAAAGGAGCUUUAUGGCAGCGCAGGGCAGGAGGUACGUGGGAGUGUCCAUACUGCUCAUCAGUGGGUCAACAUGACGGAUGUGACCAUCCACCUUAACUCCACCCACAGCGUGAAGACAUGUAAACCUGCACUUGGCCACAGCUUUGCUGCAGGAACAACAGAUGGAGGAGGAGACCUUAACUUUACACAAGGGGCAGUUGAAGGUGAUCCCUUCUGGGAUGGUAUCAGGGAUACUUUGUUGGGUGCCCCUUCCAAAGAGAUUCAGGAAUGUCAUGACCCCAAACCCAUUCUCUUCAGCACUGGAGAGAUGAACUGGCCUCUCCCAUGGCACCCAGAUGUAGUGGAUGUUCAGAUCAUCACCAUUGGCUCGGUGGCUGUGGUUGCUGUCCCAGGAGAGGUGACAACUAUGUCAGGAAGAAGGAUCAGAGAGGCUGUCAAACAGGAGCUGGAGAUGCAAAAGGCUUUCACUAACACAGAAGUUGUCAUCACUGGUCUCUGCAACAUUUAUACUCACUACAUUACUACACACGAAGAGUACCAGGUGCAGAGAUAUGAAGCUGCUUCAACCAUCUAUGGGCCUCACACCCUGUCAGCCUACAUCCAGCACUUCAGAGGACUAGCCAAAGCCAUCGCACAGGGUAAGGUGGAGGAAUUACCAAAAGGUCCUGAGCCUCCGUUCUUUAAAGACAGUCAGCUCUUCACUCUGCUACUCCCUGCGCCUGUGGAUAAUCAGCCUGCUAACUCCACCUUCGGACAGGUCCUGGAGCAGGUUCAUCCUCGCUAUAAAUUGGGAGAGGUUGCAUCUGUCACUUUUGUUGCUGGAAACCCAAGAAACUCUGGCGACAUGAGAGACAAGACCUUUGUCACAGUGGAGAGGUUUCAAAACAACACUGGCACAUGGGUGGUUGUCCAUACAGAUGCAUCGUGGGAGACAAGAUUUCACUGGAUUAAAGGAUCUGGUGGUCAGAGCAAUGCCACCGUGGAGUGGCACAUUCCUCUCUCAGCGCAGUCUGGCACUUACAGGAUCCGACACUUUGGCCACUACAAACGCUUCAAUAUUGUCACGCCUGUGAUAACUGCAUAUGAGGGUGUCUCUGAUGUGUUUAGAGUCACUAAAACACUCUAA